UUAAAUUAAACUAAAAGGAGCAAAACCAUCAGUGAGAAUAAGAAGAUUACAAGGAACCUGGGCCGUCGCUGCUUUUAGAUCAGUCACGCGCUUUGUCUGACCCCAGAUCCUGGCACCCAAUUAUGGACCAGGAACAAAAGGAUAUAACACCCAUCAUCACCCAUGAGUGCAUCCUGCCGUCACCAGCUGACAAUGCUCUAUAUUGGGGUGUUGACUGUAGCCCUGUGUACAGUGCAAGUAAUCUCCUUUCCAACCUCCGGCCGGGAUGCAGGAGAUGAUAAGGUGCUGAAAUGCAUUGUGGAUGUAAUUUCCGGUACUCUGACCAAACCCAACCCUGUACCCGCCAGUCAGGACUGUUUGGAGACCCUUCGAGGAGAUGAAAGGAUCAUCUCCAUCUUGCGGCACCAGAACCUCCUGAAGGAGCUCCAGGAGCUCGCGGCUCAAGGAGCGAUGGAGAGACUCCAGAAGCAGAAGAAAAAUGACGGCUUUGGGGAGCUGCUAUCCGGCAUCCUUGACAAGCAGAGCAAUAAGCCCCUUCCCUCCGAUUCUAAAGAUCCUCUUCUCGGAAACUCUCCAGAAAGAGAUGACGUGAAGAGACAGUCCGGGGAAGAAGAGAGGAAAAGGAGCUCCGAGCGCCCAGAGGCCGACGAGAGCAUGGAGGAACUGGAGAGCAAUGAGAUCAGCAAGAGGGAAGAGACCUCAGAGGAGGAAGAGACCGACAACCGCAUCACAGACGAGAUCAACGAAAUGGAGCUCCCCAAAGACAACCAAGAAGAUGCCGAGGAGAAGGAGCCAAUGACCAAGAAGGAUGAAGACACGGAAGAUGCCGAGAAGGAAAGCCACAAGCAAGACAGCAACGAGACACACAACGAGAAGGAUGACACCCAGCGGGAGGACAACUCCAUGAGGAUUCCUGAAGAUUUCACUAAAGACUCUACAUCCGAAUCUGAGAACAGCAAGGAAACCAAGCAGGACGUGGACAUCAUUGACUGCACCGAGGAGAACCCCGGGAAGGAGGACGACACCUCCUCAAAAGGCCUUGAAGACUCUAAACGAUGGAACAAGAUGGACGAACUUGCCAAAGAACUCAGGGCUAAGAAGUGUGCACCAAGAAGCAGCGAGGACGACCCCGACCAGUCCAAGAAGAUCCCCCCCAAGGAACCCAAGUAUGAUCCAAGCAGCCAGGAGGCCGAGGACAGACAACAAUGGCAGAGAUCCAGAGAAGACGGCAACGAAACCGAAGCCCCCAUCUUAAAGAGGGAAGAAGAGGGCAGCGCCAACAGGAAGACCGAGGACCAAGAACUGGAGAGUUUGGCAGCCAUCGAGGCAGAACUGGAAAAUGUUGCCCACAAGCUCCAUGAUCUGAGGAGGGGAUGAAAACCAACUUGAAGA